AUGUCGGACGUGGCGAAAGAAAAGAAUCUGGACGAUUUCUCCAACGGAACUCAGCCUGCCGUUGUUGACGAAAUUACCAGAGAUGACGGCGCCGUGAAUCUUAGUUUGGCAGAUGAUCCCCACCGUGGUCUCCGUAUGAGACAUGUUCAGCUUAUUGCUAUCAGUGGAUCCAUCGGCUCGGCAUUGUUCGUCUCUAUAGGAAAUCCUCUCACUAGUGCCGGCCCAUUGGGUCUUCUCAUUGGUCUUGGUAUUUGGUGUGCCGUUGUGUGGGCUGCUAGUAAUUGCCUUAUUGAGAUGACCUGUCUCUUACCUGUCGAUGGUGGUUUCAUUCAUUAUGCUGGUCGAUUCGUCGACAAAAGUUUCGGUAUGGCUUUAGGAUGGAAUUACGUUAUCACUCAACUCGCCUUGAUUUGUCUCGAGCUUCUGUCUCUCAAUGUUAUUGUGGAAUAUUGGACUUUAACCUUACACCCUGCAAUCCUCAUUUCCGCUGGUCUUGUAGCAUUCUUCAUCAUCCAAAUUUGGUCUGUUAGGUGGUUUGGUGAAAUUGAAUUCUACAUUUCCAUAACCAAGGUUUUCCUCAUGAUAGGACUCACGCUAUACACGUUCGUCACAAUGGUUGGUGGAAACCCAAUACAUGAUAAAUUUGGCUUCCGGUACUGGAAGACACCUGGACCUUUCGCUGGGGAGGUCAACUUCAGAAAGGUGAUUACCGGUAUUUUCAAUGCUGUUUCUUGGGGAACAUUCGCUGUUGUCGGUCCCGAUUAUAUCUCUCUUAUCGGUGGAGAAGUUAAGAAUCCUAGACGGAUCCUGCCAAAGGCUUUCAACUCUACUAUAUACCGUAUCUUGGCAUUCUACAUGACCGGAGCUCUCUGUGUUGGAAUUGUAUCAUCCUCAACCGAUGAGAAUCUCCUCGGUGCCAUUUCUGCUGGAGCACCUGGUGCUGCAAAGAGUCCUUAUGUGAUCUCCAUGAACCGACUUGGCAUUCCUGUUCUUCCAUCACUCGUUAACGCUCUUAUUCUUAUCAGUAUCUUCUCAACCGGAAACUCAUUCACAUUCGUUGCGAGUCGAUCCAUAUACAGUCUUGCUCAGAAGAAUCAAGCUCCAGCUAUCUUCAAGAGAGUCAACAGACACGGUGUACCAUGGGUAGCUGUCUGCGUAACACUUCUAGUCAGCUGCUUGUCAUACUUGUCUGUGUCUGCAGGUACCGUCAAGGUACUCAACUGGUGGAUCAACUUAGUCGGUGCUGCGCAACUUGUUUCAUGGACCUGUAUUGCAAUUACCUACCUCCGUUUCCGAUCCGGUUUGAAAGCUCAAAACCUUCUCAACACAGACUACCUUCCAGUCAGGGGUUACCUUCAACCAUUUUCGGGAUGGUACCUCCUCGUUUGGUCCCCUAUCGUCUUCUUCUUCAGUGGUUACUACCUCUUCUAUCCUGGUUCUUUUGCAGGUCCAGACUUUGUUUUCGCUUAUGGCAGUAUCUUCAUAUUCCUUGCAAUCUACUUAGGCUCCAAGAUAUACCAAACUGUCUGGCUCAAGGAAAAACACAUAUAUAUUCCUGCUAGCGAAAUGGAUUUCGUUUCAGAUAUCGGACACAUCGACGCUUUGACGCAAGCCUCAGAAGCUAAACGAGCUCGAAAACCUCAAACAAAGGCUCAAAGAAUCUCUGAUUUCUUCUUCUAA